AUGAUCAUAUAUGCUAAAGAUUAUAGUCCAGUUGAAAUGAAUCGAAUUCGUAUUAAAAAACUUUAUUCAGAUCAUUUAUUAAUAAGACCAUCAACCAAAAAUGUUAGUCAAACAGUCAUUGCACUUGGUUUAGGAAUUAUGGAAGUAGUUGGAAUUGAUCCCCAAAAACAAGUUAUUACACUUAAUGCUAAUUUUGAAUUAAAAUGGUGUGAUAGUCUUUUACAUUGGAAUUCAAGUGGACAACCCUGUAUUGGCAGAAAAAAUCGUUCAGAAAUUUUCUUUAGUCCACAUGAAUUAUGGACACCAGAUAUUGUUGCAAUAAAUGGACCAGGAAAAAUAGAAAAAGAUUCUAAAUCUCAAUAUCCUGUUUUAGUUAUUUGUACCGGUAAUGUUCGAUGGUCGUAUCAAGAUAGAAUUGUUUCAUUCUGUGAAGUCGAUGUUCGGAAUUUCCCAUUUGAUCGACAAUAUUGUUCUAUUAUUCUUCAAUCAACUAUAUUUGAUACAAGCCAAUUAAAAUUACGCAGUCUGUAUAAAGUAGUACGACUCUAUAAUCUCAUAAGAACUGAAUGGGAAAUUACGCAUGCAACCAUUGAAGAGAUUGAUUUAUAUAAUCCACAUCAUCAACGAAAUUUUAGUACAAUUAAAAUCAAUAUUGAACUUGUACGUCUUUCACGUUUUUAUAUUUUAAAAAUAAUUUUCCCAUUUUCGAUUAUAUCAUCACUUGCAUUAUUCUCAUUUUGCUUACCAACAGAUAGUGGUGAAAAAGUAGCACUUACUGUUAGUGUUUUACUUUCAUUAUCUAUUUAUCUACAGACUAUAUCUGAUUAUGUACCAAAAACUGAACGUGGGUUUUCAAUAUUAACAUUAUAUUCCAACAUAGUAUUUUCUUUUGUUUUUCUUUCUUGUAUAUUUAAUAUUUUUACAAUAUUUAUCUAUUAUCAUGAACAAUAUUCUAUGAAACACAAAAAACUUAAAGGAAAACAAAAACCUAUUUUAUCUAAUAUACAUGAAUCAUUAUUAGAAAUGAACAAACAACGAUGGACAUUCUUGAAAAAACGUCGAAAUAUUCAUUAUAAAUUACCUGAACAAACAGAUGUUAGUGGUCUCGAAGUAUUACAUGAUAUUCGAUAUAUUCGACAAUUAUUAAUGAAUUUAUUGGUACGACAAAGUACUGCUGAUUUUCGUUAUCAUCUAUUUCAACCAAAACGAUCUCUUAAACAAAUUGCUGUGCUAAUUGAUCGAGUUUUAUUUUUUAUUUAUCUUAUUUCAAUGCCAAUAAGUACAAUAAUAUUAUUUCAAUCAAGUAAUCAACCACGUCUUCCAGCAGCAACAAAUCAAAUACUUGAUUUACAUAAGACAGUUACCGAUCCUAUCCCAGUUUUUCGUGGUUGCCCAAAAUAA